UGUCAUAAUUUUUGUAUAACACACGCAACAUUUGCGCAAAAGGUGUUGGAAGCGGGAGAAAAAUCUCGCUUUUUGUCCUUUUCACUGUGAAUUAUUUAUUAAAAAACACCUCAAAGUGAAGAAAAAGGUGAUUUUUGGUGGAAUUGCUUGAAAAAUUACGAAUAUAUCUGUGGGUUCGUGCUGAAAAGACACCCUCCACGUGUUUGAGGUUAGAAGCAGCUGUCAGAAGUUCCCGGAAAGUAGAAAAGGGCCACCUAGGCGUGCUAUGGCUUCCACUGAGACAAUAACAACUGUUGCCCUGAUAUCUCCAUACACGAGAAUACGGCUUGUGUGUACGGAAUCACCAUUUCUCAAAUUCUACGACGACGAAGCGCAAUUCCGGGAACAACGUGAAACAGCAGCAGCUGCGGGGCUAUCGCAUUCAAACUCCGAUUCAGACAUCUCAGAGAAUGAGGAUAAAUUCUCCGUUGACGUGGACUUUCUGCGCAGCUUGGAUCCCAAAGAGUGGAAGGAUCAGGAUCACUAUGCUGUGCUAGGGCUGAAGAAUUUGCGUUUUAAUGCCACGGACGACGAUCUCAAGAGGGCUUAUAAGAAAAUAGUAUUGAAUCACCAUCCAGACAAGAGGAAAGCCAAAGGGGAGGAUGUUCGGCAGGACGAUGACUACUUUACGUGUAUUACGCGUGCUUAUGAAAUACUCGGGACGCCCCAGAAGCGCCGCUCCUAUGACUCUGUUGAUCCCGAAUUCGAUGACAGCCUCCCGAUGCCGUCGGAGAUUGAGAAAGAUUUCUUCGGCGUCAUGGGCAAAUACUUUGCCCUCAAUGCACGCUGGAGUGAGCGCAAGAAUGUCCCAAGUAUUGGUGAUGCGGCAUCCAGCAGGGAGCACGUGGAUUGCUUCUACAAUUUCUGGUACAACUUUGAAUCGUGGCGUGAGUAUAGUUACCUAGAUGAGGAGGACAAGGAGCGCGGGCAAGAUAGGGAAGAGCGUCGAUGGAUUGAGAAGCAAAAUAAGACAAUUCGUGCAAAGAGGAAGAAGGAAGAAAUGUCCCGGAUACGUACCCUUGUGGAUCUGGCGUACAAUCACGAUCCACGAAUAAUGCGCUUCAAGCAGGAAGAGAAGGAACGACGAAUGGCCGCCAAGAGGGCGAAACAGGAUGCAAUUCAGGCACAGAAAGCCGAAGAGGAGCGUCUAGUGCGCGAGGCAGCGGCGGCACGUGUGAAGGCUGAAGAGGAGGAGCAAAAGCGCAUUGAGGCAAUUCGUCUUGAGCGUGAGCAACAGAAGAAGGCACUGAAGAAGGAGCGGAAAACCCUGCGAGAGCUCGCAAAGAGCAACAACUACUACUCAGGAGGAGACGAUAGGGUUCGUGUGAAGCACAUGGAGGGUGUUGAGAAGAUCUGUGAGCUGAUGAAGGCGCUUGAGCUGCAGGAAUUCAAUCGGGAGCUACAGAAGGGCGGGCAGGAUGUCUUUAUGCGUGUCCUGCAGGAGACAGAGGAUAAACUCGAGGAGGAGCGUCAGGCUAUGUUGACAAAGAACACAUCUUCAACGUCGCUCAGCACAACCCUCCGGAUGGUGGAUAAGAAUGCCAUGUGGAAUCCGGAGAAUAUGCAAAUCCUCAUAAAGGCGGUGAACCUUUUUCCCGCCGGGACGUCCCAACGGUGGGAUGUAAUAGCGAAUUUCAUGAAUAUGCACUCCCCAACGGCGGCGAAUCAGAAGUACACAGCCAGGGAUGUUCUCAAUAAGGCCAAGGAUCUCCAGAGUGGGGACUUCUCCAAGAGUGUCCUGAAGGCGCAAGCCAAUGAGAAUGCUUUUGAGUCGUUCGAGAAGACAAAGAAGGAACUCAAGCAGGUUGACAAUGCGGAGAUUAGUGUCAAGGAUAAAGCUGACAAAGCAGAGAAGGCGGCUGAAGUGAAUGGAGGCAGCGGCGGUGGUGGAGACAAGGAGGGGCGCACGUGGACCAAAGAGGAGCAAGCAUUGCUGGAACAGGCCAUAAAGACGUACCCCAUCUCAACACCCGAACGCUGGGAUCGGAUUGCCGAAUGUAUCCCCAAUAGGACAAAGAAGGAAUGCCUGCGACGCGUUAAGGAGCUCGUGGAUCGCGUGAAUGCCAAGAAGGAGGCCCAGCAGACAGUCAAGUGACCACACCUGGAUGUUCUCUAGCUUGUAUUCUAAUGCGAAUCUAAUCAAUAAAUUGUUAUUUUCCACACAAA